AUGCAGCGUCAGUCGUCAACCAAAUCGGGUUGUCGGAACGCUUCCGAGCUGUCGCCAGUGCGCAGCAGUGCUUAUGAGAUGAGGAACAGAGAAUCUCCGCCACCGAUGCGCAGCGGCUCCCCACUCUCGCCGUCUGCAAUAUUCGUGAAGCGUGCCGUCAGCAACGGCAGGCCGCAUGCGCUCUCAGGCCGCACGAACCACGGUGGCGACGAGGAGCAGAAGAAUGACGAGGGAAAAAAACGCGGUAGCAGCGGGUCAGCAAGGACGACGUCUCGCGGCAGUGCGACGGGGUCAACGCCGGCCAUAGCGACAACCUGCGCCGCUCUUCUCGUUUCAGAUGUGCCCGACCCGUCCUCCUUGGCACCCUCCUCCGUCCCUCCACUCAGUCACAGCAGCAUCAGCGAAAUUUCAUCCGCCCAUAACCCUCGUAGCGUGUCUCCGGGCGACAGCAGCAGCCGUCAGGUCACUGGCAUGCAUAAGAGCCUCCUCGUCUUUCUUCCGCGUGUGUUCCGCGCCACUGGUAUGCCGCCACCCUCCGCAACGACGCCGGUCUCCGCCUCCGACGCGCUCGUGACGCCUCUGUCGUCCCCGACUGCAGUCGCAGCAACGUCGCCCAUGAGCCCAGAAGGAGUUGCGCUUCCGAAUCAACUCACCUACUUUUCCAUUGGCGGGUCGCGCCGACGCAACAGCAUCAGCGUGCCAACCAGCCCCUUUCAGGUCGAGGGAGACAGAGCAGAAGACUCCUUUAUGGAGGAUAUCGUCGGCGGUGCCGGUGAGCGUUGGCUGGUCGACACGCAUCACAGAGCUGUGCCAGAUCGCAACAGCCACGCUGGCGCGCGACUUGAGCGCCCGACCGCAAGCGGUAACGUCACCGCCACCGUCGCGGACUCCGUAGACAGGACGACCACGCGGUCUUCGCGAAAUGCGCAUCACGCUAGCGAAGACGACGGCACUGCCUCUCACGCAAAUUCGGCAGCGAGCACGCGCUCCUCCUCGUCUCCGCCGUCGUCGCCCUCGCACACGGCGCGCAGCUCAGCGGCAUCUCGGUCAUCUGCAGCUGGGGUCGCCGCGUCUGCCGCCAGCGCCGCUUCUACCCCCGUCCCUACCAGCCACAAUGUCCCGGCCCCACCUCCCAUCUCUACAGCUCCCCAAGGCAGCAGGAGCGCCGUGAAUGCGGGCAACCGGAGCCUGAGCACCGACCAUGCGCACCACUCGCUCAUUAUUGCGCCACCGCCCUCCCCUCUCGUAUCGCCUGUGGCUAUCAGCGUGGCCGGCGGCCGGGCGGGCGAGACCACGUCGCCCGCCAACCGCGGCGGCGCAGCACUCAGUCGAUGCGACUCGCAGUCGCCAAGUCCGUCGCUACGCUUCGGGACACACGAUCCGUACAACACCUCUGCUAUUGUAGCGACGCCGUUGAUGAGCGGUGUGCCGCGCACGACAAGCUUCACGAGCUACCGCUCCCCCUCCGCAACGACGACCCCGAUCGGGCCGGGCAUCGUGCACAUGCGAAUGCGGAACACCUCGGCGCUCGCGAAUGGCAGCGCCGGCGGUGGUAGUGGCGGCAACGCCGCGGACAGUGGCGCCUCGUUUUUGUACUGCGCCGUCGCGAACUCGGACACGAUGAGCGUAAAGUCGAGUAUGACGGGUGUGUCGAGAGGUACUCAUGACGGCAUCAUGCUCUGGGCCGCCACUGGCGGCCCAUCUAAGCUGCCGUCGUCGUCCACAUGGGAGUACUUCCUCCACGACCCCCAGGGCCCCUACGGCGGCUGCGCGGCGCCGCAGACUGCACGGUAUGCCCACGAAGAAGCACCUGCAUCAACACCGACGCCGUCUUGUGCGGUUGGCGACAAUGCAGUAGACGCAUCUAGUGAAGCCGCUGACCAGCAGUACGGGUCCGAGCAGACGCCGUCCGAGCAGCCGUACGACCCCCAGCAUGACUACUCGCUCCAGCAGCACAGUGUACAGCGACAUCAGGUGCAGCGUGCCGACAGGUAUGCGCCGUCGUACGAGCAGCGGCAGCAGCAACAUCCCCAUCCCCAUCCGGUACACGAGAUAACAGGACAGUGCCAGCCGUUUGAGCCACAACAGCAGUGCGAUCAUGAGCGGCACGAGCAAGCGUAUCAGUCGGGGUACCCGCACCUUCGCCCAGAGCAGCAGCACCAGCACAAGGCACACAAUUAUCCGCAGCAGCAUGUCAACUCUCAACAGCAAGAGCAACAUCAUCGACACCCAUACUCUCCAGCGUUCGAGCCGCAUGGCCUGUACGCGUACCAGGCAUACGCCGGGCAGCCGCAGCAGUAUCCACCUCCGCAGGGGCCGUACUCGUACGCAUCACAACCACCUCCCGCGCAUGUGCACGCACCCCGGCCACAACAGCAGCACGAUCAUCAGCGGCAGCAGCCACCGCAGCAGGCAUACCACACGCAACAUUCGUACGGUGGGCGAGGCGGCAAUGCAGGUGCCGCGGCUCACAACUGGAGCGGACCACGGAAGCGCGUGGCGCAGGAUGUGCUGCCGGGCUUCUUCUCUGUGGACGCGAUCCAGCUUGGCGAUCAAACGCACCUUGUCUCGGACCGCAACGGCGUGCCGCACGAACCCAACGAGCAGCAGCAGCAGCUCUGUCAUGAGGAACUGCACGACGUCCCGCCUCUGGCCCGUGGUAGUGGUGUGGACCAUACGCCUCCGCACCGCGAAACGUGCCAUCAGAGCUGCGGACCUGCGGCUGCACCCGACUUCGACAACAGAGGAAGCUCGCUGGCGCCGACGGCAAUACCCUCUGCGCCGGUCGUCCAACAGCAGCAGGAACAGCAGCUGGGCCGCUCCUCCAGCGUUUACUACGACACAACACCAGCGCUCAGCGCGCCGGGGGACUACUCCAGCGGCUCUCGUGCAGGAGCAGAGUUCACCACAGCGGCACCUAGCACCUUCCCCUACGGCAGUGACGACGACGACGACGAGGCAAUGCGGAUCCACGGCGGUGGCAUGUACGGCUCACAGCCCCGGCACGCCGAGCAGCAUGAAGGGAGCGCGUCGGUCAUGACGGUGGGCGGUAUGAUGGUCGCACAGCCACCGCACAUGGCGGCCCCCGUGGUCUCGCGCACGCCGAACCAGCGGACCGGAUACGCCGUAAAUAACCGAGGGGGUAGCAGCAGCGGACCCAGCAACAAGUCAAUCCUCUUGAACAGCAACGUGAGUGGCGGUGUGAACAGCGUGGAGGCGAACGAGAGCGGCAGCUUCCGAAGCGCCAACAGUGGGGGAGGUGCAGACAUUGCACACGUGUACAACGUCGACAAUUCGAUCGACAUCUGCGGCGGCCCUGGAGCGUUGACACCCACGUUACUGGGUGCAGGGCCUAACGUGCCGGUCGGCGUCCGCUGCAGCGAUGGUGACAUUGGCGCCAGUGCAACGCCGACCAGAGCCGUGUAUGGCGGCUACCUGCAUCACCCUUCCGCGAAAAAUUACGCCAUGGGGUACACCGACAUGUACGUCUCCCAACCUGAGCGCCGCACGACGGGCUCCGCGGCGGCUACCUCGUCCUCACAGGACGGCGCGAACGAGUCUCGCAGCACGAGCAACGUACUGUUUGCGCCACCGCUGCCUCGCAGCGCCGGUGCGAUGGACGGAGGUGCCGCAACGCACCAUCAACCGUCUCACAGCCGGGCACCCAGCUUACAGGAGUCACCCAUUACGCGGCAAUGCCAGCAGCGGCACCCCACUCUGAGCAGCAGCGCCGCAGACGAGUUGCAGCCGAUGAAGAGCAGAGACGACUACUUGCCGCACAUCUCCUCGCCAAGCCGGCGUCGCUCCUCCAUUCCCUCGGUGAACCAGCCGAGUAAAUACGGUGACAUGCGCUCUCCGCAGCAGCAGCAAUUCCAGGUGCUUUCACAUGUGCCGCCGCAGCUCCGAAACCCGAGCGAGGGCAGUAACAGCAGCAGCAACAAUACCGGUUACGCUCAAGCGAGCGCGGUACGCAGUACCGGCGCGAUGAGUGGCACCACUGCACAGGGGGUGAGCCUGUCGGGGGCGUCAUUGCUGAACCAUGACACCGGCAAGGCAGCUGCCGCGUUGUCGCCGUACCCGUAUGAUGCUCGUCCCACAAAGCCUGAAAGAGAGGCCUGGGAAAGGGCGGAGUUUGGCAGGGUUGACCCAGGAGUCGUGCCGUCGAGCAUACAAACAUUUGGCACUAGCACACCAACAACGCAGCAGCGGCAACACCCGCAGAAGCAGUGA